GCGGAUGCAAACAGCUUGAAGAACUUCCUCUCGGCGGCUCGUUUGGCGGACCGAGGAAGCGACGCCAGUAGCCUUCCCCUCUCCACGCUCACUCCCGUCCGCUCCAGAGACGUAGAGCAACCCAAGAAGAAGCUCACCAUCGUCUCCAAGAGGGACUACCCCCUCACCUCCAACUUCCCCUACUCCCUGGAGCAGCUGCAGGUCUCCUACUGCAAACUGUCCCGGGUGGACAUGCGGAUGCUGUCGCUGAAAGCACUCCGCAAGCUAGACCUCAGUAACAACCACAUCAAGAAACUCCCCGCCACCAUCGGGGACCUGGGCUGCCUCUCUGAGCUCGUCCUCCACAACAACCACCUGGAGGCCUUCAGCGAGGCCCUCUGCCUGUCCACCCUGCAGCGGACCCUCCAGCUCCUGGACCUCAGCCAGAACCGACUGCAGUCCCUCCCCGCUCAGUUCUGCCAGCUCAAGGAGCUGGUGAACCUCAAGCUGGACGACAACCAGCUCGUCGGCUUGCCGUUCCACGUGGGCCGACUCUCCAAGCUGCGCUUCCUGUCGGCGGCGCAUAACCAGCUCGCCGUGUUGCCCUUUGACUUCCGGAAGCUCAGUCUGGAGAACCUGGACCUGUUUGGGAAUCCGUUUGUCCAAACCAACCCUCUGAACCACAAGAUGAAUCUUACAUUCCCGCUUCCGCUCCAAGAGCUGGCUUCCAGAGCCGUGGCCAACCUCAGGUUACCGUACGGACCUCACCUCAUCCCGGCCCACUUGUGCCGGGACCUAGAAGUUGCCAAGUUGUGCGACUGCGGCCGCGUCUGCGUCAAUUUCUACAUCAAGACGGCGGUCAGCAUGAACCUGCACCAAGUGUCUCACACGGUGGUCCUGGUGGACGACAUGGGGGGCACGGACGCUCCGGUGCAGCAGCACUUCUGCUCCCUGUCCUGCUACUCUGAGUUCCUGGACAACUCGCUCCAGAGAGGAAUCAGAUGAGGAAGAACAAACUCUUUAGUUUGAAAGCAAACGGACAAAACUGCUGGAAAUUGCUGUGGAUUUCUUUGUGAAGAGACACACGCCUUUAAACGAAAGGAGGAUGUUGACUUUUUUAAAAAGCUUUUUAAAAGUGCUCGAAGCAGCCACUUUUACACUUGCGUUCGACUUGUAUUGCACUUCUGCUCCAUCUGUACCUGAAUAGCACUGACGUUAUGUAACGACGGUAAACGUCGCGCAUCGUCUUUCCGGUUCCUCCCGCCUACCGACAUCCUUCCGGGCGGGGGAAUAAAAGGAUUAGAUUGAUUGGAGUUUCUUCCUAACGCACACAGUCCAUCAGGGUCUGCGAGCGUUGGUGGAAAGGAAUUUUUUUUUUUUAUCGUGCUAAUGACCUACACGUUGUUUUUUCAUGUGAAAAAUGCAAUGAAAUAAAGUAUUUACAUUGUU